CAGUGUAAAUGUAUUGACAACAUAUGUGUGUCAAUGACUGUAUAUUAAUAUACAUAUUGUUAGCUAACAUACAGUACUAUUCAUAACUGUUUGGCCAACCAAUCGGUUGACCGACUUUUACGGCUACACUGAUACCGAACCAUCACUACUGGCCACUACCACAUUGGCGACCAAAAAAAAAAUGAUCGACAGUUUGUUUAUUAUCAACCAAAGCGGCGAUAUCUUUAUGGAGAAACACUGGAAAAGUGUUGUCCAUCGAUCGGUAUGCGACUACUUUAUCGAAGCCCAACAACGCCAGCAAUCGGCGACCAACAUAUCGCCCGUAAUGGCCACACCGCAUCACUAUCUCAUACACAUCUAUCGCAGUGGCCUGUAUUUUGUGGCCGUCACCCACAAGGAAAUACCGCCGCUGUUUGUCAUCGAAUUCUUGCACCGAGUGGUCGACAAUCUCGUCGACUAUUUCAACGACUGCAACGAAUCACUAAUCAAAGAACACUACGUUCUGGUCUACGAACUACUCGACGAAAUGCUUGACAAUGGUUUUCCGUUGGCCACCGAAGCCAAUAUACUGAAAGAACUGAUUAAACCGCCGAACAUAUUGAGAACAAUCGCCAAUACGGUUACCGGUCGGACAAAUGUGAGCGCAACCCUACCGUCGGGCCAGUUAUCCAAUGUGCCGUGGCGUCGGACAGGUGUCAAAUACAACAACAACGAAGCCUACUUUGAUGUCAUCGAAGAAAUUGAUGCCAUCAUCGAUAAGAGCGGUUCAGUAGUUUCCGCUGAAAUUCAAGGAUAUAUCGACUGUUGUAUAAAGUUGUCGGGAAUGCCCGAUCUUAGCCUAUCGUUUGUCAAUCCCAGGCUUUUCGACGACGUUAGCUUUCAUCCGUGUGUCCGAUUCAGGCGCUGGGAUUCCGAACGUGUCCUAUCGUUUGUACCGCCCGACGGUAACUUUCGUUUGAUGUCCUAUCAUAUUGGUGCCCAGAAUAUGGUAUCGAUUCCCAUCUACAUACGCCAUCAUAUAUCGUUUAAGGAGGCGGGCGCCGGUAAAAUCGAGAUACAAAUUGGACCCAAACAGACAAUGGGAAAACUGCUUGAAAAUGUUGUCAUCGAAAUACUGAUGCCGAAAACCGUAUUGAAUGUUAAUGUUACGCCUACUCAGGGUAAGUACACGUUUGAUACGGUAUCCAAACUGAUGGUAUGGGAUGUCGGCCGUAUGGAACAAACCCGAUUGCCCAACAUCAGGGGUAUAAUCAAUCUGCAAACUGGUGCACCCUUACCAGAUGCCAAUCCAACGAUAUUGGUUAAGUUUAGUGUUAGUCAACUGUCCAUUUCGGGACUGAAAGUUAAUCGAUUGGAUAUGUAUGGCGAGAAAUAUAAGCCAUUUAAAGGUGUGAAAUAUAUGACCAAAGCCGGCAAUUUUCAAGUGAGGACUUAAUUUAAAUGUUUUAAUUAAUUUUUUAAUUAUAUCAAUGUUAUCAAUCAAAUUAUAAAUUUAAAAAAAUUACCGAUAAUUACUUGUAAUUUUGAACAUCACAUACACAUGUUAAACAAUUUUUUUACCUAUUGUUAAAACUUAAUAACCAAUUA